AUGAGCAUCAACCAUCAUAUGUCUUAUCCUUUUAGACCUGCUCAACAAACAAAGGUUUUCCUAGGACGUAUGGAUAUGUCAAAUCCCAUCAAAGCCAGCGAAGAAAUGAGGACGGUUGUAGAUGUCUCGUGCGACACGCCUCCACAUUCCUCACCAAUACGCAGGGAUGGAGUAUGUGUUCUGACGCUUUCAAUGCCUGUGAAUUUCACAGACACCUUAUAUCCUAUCUGCUUACCCAGUGGGGACAGUAAUUUCAUCACUGGGAUGGAAAGCUACGUUGCAACUGGUAAGAUCAUGGACUAA